AAUCUAGUUAAUUAUUUUUAAUAGAUCGUCUAAAAGAAUUUUAAUCUAGAUUGCUAGAUUACUCUAGAUUUACUAUUUUAAGUCUAUUUCCGAUAAUUUCGUUGAUAUAAAAUAAAUUAUUGUAGAAAUUUAUCUGAAUAAUUUUUAUGAUACAAGUUGACUACAAGUUACAACAUUCAACAGAUGUCGGCUGUCAACACCAACAACUCAACGACUAACAAGUUCAACGAGAUUGGUGGUUGAGUGAUUGAGAGACUCACCUAAGAGCUAAUCAUUGACUAGCAAGCACUGAAAGAUUUGAAGUUUCACAAGAGGAAUAAGAGAAUAUUUUUACAUCGAAUUAAAAAGAUUGGCCUGAAUUUAAUAUUAAAAAUGACAAUUUCUAAAAAUUUAAUAAAUUUUAACUCCCACACAUCUGCGAGGGACAAGAUAUUCAGGUUAGUCCAGUAUAGCUCAAAACUUAUACUAUGGCAGCUGACUUAUGGCUCUCCAGCAGUAAAAGGAGAAGUUAUUACAAGAUUGAAAAAGCUAGAAGGAACUAUAGGAUUGUCUCGUAAAUUGCUUCGAUUGGGUAAUUUUGUGGAAAUGGCCUUUAAAACUAUUGAUGCCCUGAACACACCUGACGUUACUCUUAGAGUGCUGAGUGUCAUCUCUAAUGCCUCAAAAGUUGUGUGGCUCUUCAUAGAUAACAUGCUUUGGUUUGGAAAAAUUGAUGUCAUUAAGAUGGAUCAGGCUUUCUGGACCCAGUGGUCACUAAGAGCAUGGUUGCUGGCUUUGGCAACUGCUAGUAUAGUUAGCAUGGUGAAGCUGCAGUCUGUACACAACCAAUUGCAUCACUUCCGCAAAGAGCAUGGGAGGAAGGCUAAACUCACUAGUAAACUUCAGAUUGAAAUGCAUGCAGCCAGAAUGAACUUCUGGAGAGAUUUCUGUGAUCUGUUUAUCCCACUGGGUGGAUUGAGUUACGUGAGCCCAGGCUUUGCUGCACUAACUGGUGUCAUCUCCUCUAUCAUUGGCUUUCAACAGGAAUGGGAGAAACACAUUAAACCUUUCCAACCUGAGAUAUAGUUUUAGGGAAGUAAAUUAAUUGUAACAUAACCAUUGGUUAAUGAGAUUUAAAAUCAACACAUAUAGCUGAUAGCAACAUAACUAGGUAUUUAUGAACAUUGAUACUCCAUUACUAAUAUGUAAGAAAUAUUAUAAGCCAUUCAUCUUAAAACAGUUUGUAGAACUAUUUUACUAGGACCACAUUCAAAAUUUUGAUUUAAUUCUCCAAUGCAAUCGUCUCUUCCUUUCUUUCUUUAGAUUUUUUUUCCCUCUGCUCCUCUUCUUUUGUUGAAAAGAUAAAGUCAAAUACAUUUUUUGGCUAUUUCAAAAUAAUGUUCAUUAUGAUACUAUAAUGAAGUAAAUGAUUUUUUUAAAUCCAAAUGUUGUCAAGUAAAAAUAAAAAAUAUAUUCCUUUCCUUUAUGUUGUUUGGACCCUAUUUUUUUUUAAAGAAAUUUAAAUAUAGUGAUAAUAUAAAAAAUGUAUGCCAGCUUUUGUUACUUAACAAAAAUUAUUACUCUUUUCAUAUUUGUAGCAACUUUGUAUUUUAACUCAGUAAAUUAAUUAAGAACUAUUCAAAUGACUCAAACACAAUUUAUAGCUAGCUGUUUAAAUUAAUAAAUAUUUCUAUCAUUCCAUUGUUGUAUACUGCAUUUUGAGAGAGUUGUAUGACAACAAUUUGAUAUCAACUUUUAACCAUUAAUCUUCAUAGAUUAUCUUACUCAUAACAGUGUCACUUCUUACAAUUAAAAAAAAAAGAGCACACUGCAAUAGUGUUGUGACACUUUAAGAAUUCCAAUGUGAACUAACCUAUGAAAUAUAUUUAUGGUCUCACCACUGCAUUCAACUCAUUUAAAUACCAAUUGAUGAAAGAUGUUCAGUCAGUCAGAAUUAAUACAUCAGUUGUAAAUUUGGACACAAAAAUGGUAAAAGUGUCUGCUUUGAAUUUUUUUAUAAUGUCUAUGUUUUAGGAGACCCACAAAAAUGUUUCAGACUUAUAAAAAAUAAUUUUGUUUACUUACAAUUUACUGAAAGUAUGAAAAUAUAUUUUAAUAUGCUUUUAUCUUUAUGGAGAAUCACUAGCUACUUUUCGAAACUUCACUAGCUACUUUUUGAAACUUCACUAACAAGUAAAAGGUAAUAGUUGUCAUAUAGUUCUCUUACUGAUGCAGAAGGGACACAUUUUUG